UGAAAAAUUUUUUUUACUGCAAGUCGAGUUCGGUUCGAUUUGAGUAAAAAUUGCAUCUGCAUCGUAUUCGUUUACGCUGUUACGCACGGUCGACGGUUUUGUGUUGUUUCCAUUAUUACCAGUAAUAGUUAAUAGUUAUUCUCGCUUUUAAUCAAUUGUGAUGAAAGUGGAGUGUAAAAGCUGUGUGUUCCUCAGUUUGGUUUUUUCUGUAAAUACAAGCAUUAAUUUUUAAAUAACGUGUGUGAAAAAGUUACCCCAAAUCGUGUCAGAAGGGUAGAAUAAAUUGAGCCAUUAAAAUUAUCAACAGAGGAAAUCAGUGUCCAAAAUACAGCAAAUGCGAAAGCAAGAGUGAGAGAGCAAGGCGGCAAAGGCUAAAGGAAAAGUUUUUGUGCUGAAAACGGCAAGUGAGUGAGUGAACAGGAUAAUCGAGCAGCAGCAGCAGCAGCAGAGUACAGGCAGCGCGGAAAAGUGGAGCAGCAAAGUGGAUCAUUCCUAGACCGUCGCGUGGAGCAGUGCCAGCAGAAGAGGCCAGAAUCAGCAGUGUCAGCCAAAGCUGGUCCCAGGUUUUUUUACACCAACAGCGAGUGAUUUAAUUGCUCCUGAAUUCAGCCAGCGACGUCAGACGGACGGACCGUUCAUCUGUUUUUUUUUUAUAUGAAAUCGGGUCGAUAAUCGCCAGGAUGGAGUGCAAAUUGAUUUCACGAUAUUCGCCACUACUCGUGCUAUUCUUGGCAUCACUAGUGAAUGCACAAACAGGUCGCAAGCGUGACAUUAACAAUCUGUACCAAGUGAUCUAUUACGGUGACUCCCAGGUCGAGGUCGGCAAACCGUUCACGAUAUCGUGCAUCAUCUCGAUCGCCGAUCCGGUCGAGUGGCACAAGGAUGGUGAACCGAUCCGAAAGCACAGCAACAUUCGCCACGGCAAGGACGAACAUUCCUACAUCGAGAGCGAGAUGGGAAUCGCAGGCAAUCGGGACAAGAUCGAAGCCACGAUUAGCGUUCAACGUGCCCUGCCGAAGCACCAGGGUCGCUAUCAAUGCAAUUCGCUGUACAAAAACUAUCACAUGCUUUACGUGCAUCGCAAUGGAUCCUCCAGCGGGGGAGGAAGCACUGCCAUCGGCAGCAGCCAUGACAAAACUGUUACCUUACUAGACAAACUGGACGAGCCUGUGGUGGGCCCACUGCUGCUGACAACGAUUAAACCAACCUUGAUUACCUCAAUCGCAGCAUCGCGUCACCCGGUGACCACCCCCAGCUCGCUGCUGCCCCUCGACGUGCACACAAUUGGUCUGGAAUCAGAACACGCCCCGCACCAUCACCGUCAAGCAUCGCAAUCGCACCAUCACCAUCUUGCUGCAGGCGAUAAAUCUACAAAAUCUAACGACAAACAGAAAAUUUCGCAUGUUUUUAGUGAAAAUCAAAACCAACCGGAAGACAUCGAAAUUCGCCCGAAUGCCCUUGGAGGCAUUAAGGGAGAUGACUAUUCAGAAUCGGCAAGAAUCAGCAAGGACAGAAACGGUGAUGCGAGUACUAAUAAAAAUAAUAACAAGAACGCCGUUACUAUUCCCAUGGAAGAUGUGGAUAUUGCUUCCGGGGCAUUCUCCAUACCUUUGGAAGAUAAGGAAGAUAAAUCUAACACCAUGCUAAAGCACAGUCACGUGCCGAUAGCCCUACCGGAGGAUGACCGUGGCGACCGAGACGAGAGCGACGAUUAUGAUACGUCCAUCGUAAUCGAGAGCAAAGAUGUCUCGAUCGAGGACAGCAUCGACAAAUUGAUAAUGAACAAAAGUGAGAUUAACGGUGUCAUUCGGGUUGAUAGCGAGGAAGAACUACCCCGCCGACAUCACAUCGGUCCUGUGCAGCCACCUCGCAAGUUGGAUCGCAUCCAGGAUGAGAAAAUGAUGAUCGUUGAAGCUGUUGUUAGCACUACUACAACUGCCCUAAUAGUGCUGCCCAGCAGUUCGGUAACGACGGUGUCAGGCAGCGGCGGCUCAACCACUAUUAGCGGAUCAACAACAAAACAACACUCCUCUGUUGACCCUAUGCGGGGACAUGGCAGCGAAGGUGGAGCGGGAGGAGGAGGAGGAGGACAUCACCAUCACCAUCAUCAUCAGGAGCACGAACAAGAACACCGUCAGCAUGUGGCCGCCAGUGCGGAAAUCCUACAGCCUAACUACGAUGAUCCCAGUUCUAGUUCGAAGUUUUAUGAUAUUGGAAAAGCAAUAACGCUCGGUUGUAACGUAACCAAAGAGGGUUAUGAUUUAAGUUGGUUUAAGGACGGCAAAAAUGUUAGCGACAUCGUUUCGCUGAAAGAUCGCUACCGAAUACUGAACGAGGAGCGCAAGUUUAUAAUCAGCCGGUCGCUGGAAAGCGACGCCGGCACCUACACAUGCGCCGUACUAGCGCUGAAUGCAUCUAGGACUUUUAAUGUAGUAGCAAAUGUUUUCGUUAAAUUUGAAAGUACAGAAAUAGGAAAAACAAACAUGGUGGAGGGUGAGCAAUUGUCGCUUCACUGUAUAGCGUUCGGAACGAAUCCCAGGAUCAACUGGAUAAUCGGCAACAAAACCUACACCACGGGGACGGACCACAUCCACCUGGACGAGGACGAUAAGGGCAUCGAGAAUGCCCGACUAACGAUCGAAGCCGUCGCGAUGAGCGACUAUCUGGAUUACACCUGUGAGGCUCGAAAUAAUGCCACGGAUUUCACGGGUCGCCUGGCGCAUGCCACGAUAACCGUUAGGAUUAGAGGAAAAUACGCCGCGCUUUACGUUUUCUUGGGUAUUAUAGCCGAAGUUGUUGUAUUAUGUGCGAUUAUUUUAAUAUGCGAAAGAAGACGCAACAAAACGGAAGUCGAAGAAAGUGACACCGACCAGAGUCCAGACCAACACAAAAAUGGUCACAACGGAAACGCUUCCGAGUUACGUCAAAGAAAAUCCUAAAAUUGGAUCACCACCGGUUUUGUUUUCCCGUGCGAAUCAAAGACACUUAACUGAAAUGCUAGAAAGAGUAGAAAUUUUCUAAUACACUUAUUAAACUGUGUAACGCAUUUACGUCACAAUUUUCGCAGGAGGUUUUUUUAAGCUGACAUGUGUGAACAAAACCGCCGGAGUCAGUAGACAGCGUCUACUGUUUUGAAAAAAAAAUCGUUUGAAUUGAAUGCAUUACACGGGCUGAAUACUGACCGCCACUAAUCCCGAUUUUUAUGCUAGGAUGUAAAUUUACCACUUUCGAUUGUUCAAUUGCUAACCCUUAUUACUGCACGUUACCCAGUAGUAAUCCCGAUCGAACGGUGGACCUUGUUAGGGAUCAACCUUACACAGUCUAAAAACCCCGCACCAAAAAUUUCUCGGUAGAUCUUUCAAAUUCAUAUAUUUAUAAACUAUGCAAAUAAUAAUCUUAGAAAUGUAGCUAGACUGUAAUCAUACACAUUUGAGAGCUGUGCCUUUAGGUGCCCCCAUCUUGUAUCUGUUGAUUGAAAAAAAAAAGCCGAAAACAUUGUUAAAAUUUUGCACAAAGUAGUUUUGCUUUUUCAGGUUUCGUUCGAAACUCCUACGUUAAACGUACAUGCGCUAAUGCAAGCUGUAGUUCUAGCUUCACUGUUCAUUAUAUAUCUUUCAAGCUAACAAUAAUAAUUGGUAAUUAAUUUUAUUGACGAAAUAGAAACAAAUUU